CCCACAAAUGGUGUGGUUAAAUAGCUCUCCAAGUGCCCGGUAGCUAGAGUGGAAGUAUGAGUCCACAGUCACACGCAUACUACUGAAAGAAAAUCCAGAAAUUCACUCAAAUUUUAGUUAAAAGAAUCGUUUUUUGUUCUUGGGGAAGCAGGAGAGAGAAGAGCUGUGAAAUUAUGGCAGAAAAAGAGGAGUGUGCAGCGGCGGCAGAGACCAAGAAGAUCAUCAACCCAAGGGCGGAGAUCGACACCUCGCCGCCUUUCGAGUCCGUUAAGGAGGCGGUGGACCGGUUUGGCGGGCGAGGACCCUGGAUUCCCCACCACCUGCUCCGCCUUGCUCCUCCCUGUCAGCAUGAUCCCGAGGCCUUAGACCUAAGCAAAAUGGAGGAGCAAGCGGUGAAAUUCGAGAGGGAUUUGAUUGUGAAGGAGCAGGAAGCGCUCAAUGUGUUGAAGGAAGUGGAGGCGGCGAAGAGAUUCGUGGAAGGAUUGAAAGUAAAUUUGAUGGAAGAAGUGUCUGUGUUUAUGUCGAGUCCCGGUUUUAGCUCAGAAUGCAAAUGCCCCAACGCGAAAUUGACAGAUGGGUUGAGCGUUUGUCCAGUUCAGUCCCCGGGCUAUGUUCUGAUGGAGUUGAACCAAGCGAAACUGGACCUCAACAAGAUGACAGUAGACCUUGCUGUCAUUCGAUCCUCUGUCGAGUCUCUCAAUAAGCGAGUGAAGGACGAGAGGGUACUGCUCGACAAGAGUGGCGAGAGGAAAUGUCUCGAGAGGGGCAAUGAUGGUUCAAGGCCAAACCCGGUGGGGAUAGCUAGCCUCGAAAAAAAGAUGGAUGCCUCUAAUGAGCUCCACGAGUUGCACUUUGAGUCUGAGCAGUUCAAGAAAAUGGCAGAGGCGUCUAGGUACGAGGUUAUGAAGGCAAUGUCAGAGAUCGAACGAACCAAGGCGAGUAUCAAGAUGGCUGAAAUGAGGUUAACUGCAGCCAAGAAGAUGGAGGAAGCAGCCAAAGCUGUGGAAGCCAUUGCUUUUGCUGAAAGGAAGGCUUUACUGAAUGCCAAAGCCUCUUUCGAGGUCUCCCCCGCUAAGCCUGCUGCAGACGGGAUAACACUUCCAUACGAGGAAUACUACGCCCUCGCUCAAAAAGCCCAACAGGUCGAGGAUUUAUGCAAGACCAAAUUCGUGGACUCAAAGACUGAAGUUAUUACAUCCCGAAAAAAGCUAGACGAAAGGCUAAACAAGAAGUGCUUAGAAGAAGCUGUGGACACAUCAGAACAUGGCCUUUUAGCCAAGUUUAGGAACUCAAAUCCAUCUCUAAGCCAAGGGAACCAUAGGCUACUCGAUGAAAACGAAACAGACGCUGCAAAACACAAACCGCUUCCUGUUUUCAGGUCAUCGAUCUCGAUUGGAGAUGUGUUGAGCAGAAAGCUGAUUCUGCGAGACGACAUUGUGGUAGGGAAGCAUGUGGAGAGCCACACUGAGAGGAAGCACGUUUCGUUUAGCCAAAUGCUUCGGGAACAGAGCGGGAUCAUAUUGAACCCCCCCGUGAAUUCUACCAAAGAUGGAAGCCUUCGCAAGCAAUUCAUAACUCAGAGGAAGAAAUUCGGGUUUAUCCAAGUUCCACUUACUAAGCAGAACAAGAAAAAGGCUCAACCUGUGAACCCGGUGUGAUGCAUUAUAUUGGACUAAAACAUUGUUCUUGUUCAUAGUAAGUUCCCUCCUCUUCUUCCUUGUGAUCAUGGUUUGCUAUUUGGCUUGCAAAUGUAGGUUGAUUCAUGAACACUUUCUCUAUUGAGUUCAUAUUUAUGGGGUGUUUGUAUGAUGUUCUCUUCACUGUUCUUUUGUUUUUUUAAUUUAUUUUUGGUUCACCCAAAAUUCCAAUGUUCUCUUCACUGUGGCCUCUCAUUAUUAAAAUAGCCAUUGUGUAACCAUCAUUUGAAGUGAAAUGUUGAGAUCUCUUUUGGUCCA